UGUUGGCAGCGCUAGUCACGUGACGGUGCCAACAUGGCGGCGCCGUGGCGCGGUGGCGGCCGCUGACGGAGGCGAGUCUGUUCCGGACGAUGGGGCCGCGGCGCGGCCGCAGGCUCUGAGCGCCGGGCCCCGGUCACUCCCUCCCCGCGGCGGGGCCGCUCCGCCAUGCAGCCCUCGGCCCGCGAGCAGGACGCCCGCACCAAGAGCGUGUUCGUGUCGCGGGCCCUGGAGAAGAUCCUGUCGGAGAAGGAGGCGAAGCGGCCGCCGCACGGGCAGCUGCGCACGGCGUGCCAGGUGGCGCUGGAUGAAAUAAAAACAGAGCUGGAAAAGCAAAGGGAAGGCACUGCUGCUCCACCAAAAGCAAACUUCAUUGAAGCAGAUAAAUAUUUCCUGCCGUUUGAACUGGCCUGCCAGUCAAAGUCUCCACGCAUUGUCAGUACUUCGCUGGAUUGUUUACAGAAACUCAUUGCAUAUGGACAUAUCACCGGCAAUGCUCCAGACAGUGGAGCUCCUGGAAAAAGACUGAUUGACCGAAUAGUUGAAACCAUUUGCAAUUGCUUUCAGGGUCCUCAAACUGAUGAAGGUGUACAACUACAGAUAAUUAAGGCUCUCCUCACUGCAGUAACAUCUCCGUAUAUAGAAAUUCAUGAAGGAACAAUUCUUCAGACUGUUAGAACCUGUUACAACAUUUAUCUUGCCAGUAAAAAUCUUAUUAAUCAGACAACUGCCAAAGCUACACUUACACAGAUGUUAAAUGUCAUUUUUACACGGAUGGAGAAUCAAGCUAUACAAGAAUCCAGAGAAGUAGAAAAAACGAAUCAGCAAAAAUCCCAGUCUCCUGCAAUUCCAGUACUGUCCAAGUCUCCAAAGAUAGUUCAGUUAAAGCACAGCUAUCCAGAAGGCAAAGCCACUGCUCCUGUAAGCGUGGAAUUAACCAACGGUGAGCCUGAGAGGUCAGAGGAUGGAGAUGUGAAGUUGGAACAGGAUCUGACUCUUUCAGCACCAGAGGAAACAACUGAUGGAGGAAAGGAAGUGGUUAAAGGCAUCUUGGAAGAUGUUAUCAAGUCAGCUGUGAAAGUGGCUGAAGAAAAGCAAGUAACAGAAACAGUUAAGGCUCUGCCUGCAUUAGAGACUGCAGAUAUUGCUCUUUCUGGCUCUAGUAAUGAAAAUGUACAAACAAAUGGGAUUCCAGAUGAUGGGCAAUCUGUUUCCUCCACUGAUAAUCUGGAAACAGAUGUAUCUGGACAUCAAGCUGCUGCCAAAUUUUCCCAUGUUCUGCAAAAGGAUGCCUUCCUUGUGUUCAGGUCGUUGUGCAAGCUCUCCAUGAAACCACUUGGUGAUGGACCACCAGAUCCCAAAUCCCACGAGCUGCGUUCUAAGAUAGUGUCUCUCCAGCUUCUUCUCUCAGUACUGCAGAAUGCCGGUCCAGUUUUCAGGACACAUGAAAUGUUCAUCAAUGCAAUCAAGCAAUAUCUUUGUGUAGCAUUAUCAAAAAAUGGAGUCUCUUCUGUUCCUGAUGUAUUUGAGCUCUCCCUUGCCAUCUUUCUCACGCUGCUUUCCAAUUUUAAGACUCAUUUAAAAAUGCAGAUUGAGGUAUUCUUCAAAGAGAUCUUCCUGAAUAUUCUGGAGACUUCUUCCAGCUCCUUUGAACACAAAUGGAUGGUGAUUCAGACUUUAACUAGAAUUUGUGCAGAUGCCCAGUGUGUAGUGGAUAUUUAUGUGAACUAUGACUGUGAUUUAAACGCUGCAAAUAUAUUUGAGCGCCUUGUAAAUGAUUUGUCCAAAAUCGCCCAGGGACGAAGUGGGCAUGAGUUGGGAAUGACACCUUUACAGGAACUGAGCUUGAGGAAAAAAGGCCUCGAAUGUCUGGUUUCUAUUUUGAAAUGUAUGGUAGAAUGGAGCAAAGACCUUUACGUGAAUCCGAAUCAUCAGGCUAGUUUGGGUUCAUAUAAACCAUCUGAACAGGAAAUGGCUGAAGGUAAAUGUCUUGAGAGUGGAGGGAGACGGAGUAGUGUCAGUUCCUUGGACUCCACUGUGUCAUCAGGAGUCGGAAGUGUUGGUACCCAGACUACUGUCCCGGAUGAUCCUGAGCAAUUUGAAGUCAUCAAGCAACAAAAGGAAAUAAUUGAACAUGGGAUAGAACUAUUUAAUAAAAAACCCAAGAGAGGAAUACAAUAUCUACAGGAGCAAGGAAUGCUUGGCACUACAGCAGAAGACAUGGCACAAUUUUUACACCAAGAGGAACGCCUCUGUUCUACUCAAGUAGGGGAAUUCCUUGGGGAAAGCAACAAGUUUAACAAGGAAGUGAUGUAUGCCUAUGUAGACCAGCUCGAUUUCUGUGGAAAAGAUUUUGUCUCUGCUCUACGUAUAUUUCUGGAAGGUUUUCGUCUGCCAGGUGAAGCGCAGAAGAUCGAUAGAUUAAUGGAGAAGUUUGCUGCUAGAUACAUUGAAUGCAACCAACGGCAAACACUGUUUGCUAGUGCUGACACUGCCUAUGUUUUGGCAUACUCUAUAAUAAUGCUGACUACAGACUUGCACAGUCCACAGGUUAAAAAUAAAAUGACAAAGGAGCAAUACAUUAAAAUGAAUCGAGGAAUCAAUGACAGUAAAGACCUGCCAGUAGAGUAUUUAUCCACAAUCUAUGAAGAAAUAGAAGGAAAGAAAAUUGCAAUGAAAGAGACAAAAGAAUACGCAAUUACAACCAAGUGUAGUAAACCAAGUGUAGCUAACGAGAAGCAGCGGAGGUUAUUGUACAACUUGGAGAUGGAACAAAUGGCUAAAACAGCUAAAGCCCUCAUGGAGGCCGUCAGCCAUGCAAAGGCUCCUUUUACUAGUGCCACUCAUCUGGAUCAUGUCAGACCCAUGUUCAAACUUGUGUGGACUCCCUUGCUGGCAGCUUACAGUGUUGGCUUGCAGAACUGUGAUGACACAGAAGUUGCAUCCCUUUGUUUGGAAGGAAUCCGAUGUGCAAUUAGAAUAGCCUGUAUCUUUGGAAUGCAGCUUGAACGAGAUGCUUAUGUACAGGCCCUUGCUCGUUUCUCCUUGUUGACCGCCAGUUCCAGUAUUACGGAAAUGAAACAGAAGAACAUAGAUACCAUUAAGACACUUAUUACAGUCGCUCACACAGAUGGCAACUAUCUUGGGAAUUCUUGGCAUGAGAUCUUGAAGUGUAUUAGCCAGCUGGAGCUAGCACAACUUAUAGGAACUGGAGUGAAAACUCGGUAUUUAUCUGGCUCUGGGCGUGAAAGGGAAGGAAACAUAAAAAGCUAUACAUCUGGAGGGGAAGAGUUCAUGGGCCUGGGAUUAGGUAACCUCGUUGGAAGUGGAGCUGAUAAGCGGCACAUGGCGAGCAUUCAGGAGUCAGUGGGAGAGACCAGCUCACAGAGCGUGGUGGUGGCAGUGGACAGGAUAUUUACAGGAUCCACUAGACUGGAUGGAAAUGCCAUAGUUGACUUUGUCCGAUGGCUGUGUGCUGUCUCCAUGGAUGAGCUGGCUUCCCCACACCACCCACGCAUGUUCAGCCUGCAGAAGAUAGUGGAGAUAUCAUAUUACAACAUGAAUCGCAUUAGGCUGCAGUGGUCGAGGAUUUGGCACGUGAUUGGAGAUCACUUCAAUAAGGUUGGCUGUAACCCUAACGAAGACGUCGCCAUCUUCGCAGUAGAUUCAUUGAGGCAGCUGUCAAUGAAAUUCCUUGAGAAGGGAGAGUUAGCCAACUUCCGCUUCCAGAAAGACUUCUUAAGGCCUUUUGAGCAUAUCAUGAAGAAAAACAGAUCUCCAACUAUUCGGGACAUGGUAAUACGCUGCAUUGCUCAGAUGGUCAACUCUCAAGCUGGUAAUAUUCGUUCAGGCUGGAAGAAUAUCUUUGCAGUGUUUCAUCAAGCAGCAUCAGACCAUGAUGGGAAUAUUGUGGAGCUGGCCUUUCAGACUACAGCACACAUAGUUACAAAUAUUUUUCAACAGCACUUUCCAGCAGCAAUUGACUCAUUUCAGGAUGCAGUCAAAUGUCUUUCUGAGUUUGCCUGUAACGUUGCGUUUCCGGACACCAGCAUGGAAGCCAUCAGACUGAUUCGCUACUGUGCAAAAUACGUUUCAGAAAGGCCACAGGUAUUAAGAGAAUACACAAGUGAUGACAUGAAUGUUGCUCCUGGGGACAGAGUAUGGGUCAGAGGAUGGUUUCCUAUUUUAUUUGAACUUUCUUGUAUCAUCAAUCGUUGCAAAUUAGAUGUUCGAACAAGAGGCUUAACAGUCAUGUUUGAAAUAAUGAAGAGUUAUGGCCAUACCUUUGAAAAGCAUUGGUGGCAAGAUCUGUUCAGGAUUGUGUUUCGGAUUUUCGAUAAUAUGAAACUCCCUGAACAACAGACAGAGAAAUCAGAAUGGAUGACAACUACAUGCAACCAUGCACUUUAUGCAAUUUGUGAUGUAUUUACACAGUUUUAUGAAGCUUUAAAUGAGAUCCUUCUUCCUGACAUACUUGCACAGUUACACUGGUGUGUAAAACAAGAUAACGAGCAGUUGGCUCGAUCAGGUACAAACUGCCUAGAAAACCUGGUAAUACUAAAUGGACAGAAAUUCAGCCCUGAAGUCUGGGGCCAGACAUGCAACUGUAUGCUAGAAAUCUUCAAAACUACGAUUCCUCAUGUGUUGCUGACGUGGAGGCCUGCAGGAAUGGAGGAAGAUUCAGCUGAAAAACACUUGGAUUUAGACCUAGAUCGCCAGUCUUUAAGCAGCAUGGAUAAAAAUGCUUCAGAAAGAGGACAAAGUCAGUUUUCAAAUCCAACAGAUGAGAGCUGGAAAGGUGCUCCUUAUGCAAACCAGAAACUAUUUGCUGGCCUCCUUAUAAAGUGUGUGGUGCAGCUGGAAUUGAUACAAACCAUUGACAAUAUAGUGUUUUAUCCAGCAACAAGCAAGAAAGAAGAUGCUGAGCACAUGGCUGCAGCUCAGCGAGAUGCAUUGGAUGCAGAUAUCCACAUCGAUACAGAAGACCAAGGAAUGUAUAAAUAUAUGUCUUCACAUCAUCUCUUUAAGUUACUAGAUUGUCUGCAGGAGUCUCAUUCAUUUUCAAAGGCCUUUAAUUCAAAUUACGAACAGCGAACUGUCUUAUGGAGAGCAGGGUUUAAGGGUAAAUCAAAACCCAAUCUCUUAAAACAAGAGACCAGCAGCUUGGCUUGUUGCUUAAGAAUCCUCUUUCGAAUGUAUGUGGAUGAAAACCGCCGAAACUCCUGGGACGCGAUACAGCAGCGAUUGCUUAGUGUGUGCAGCGAAGCCCUGGCGUAUUUUAUCACCGUGAAUUCAGAAAGCCACAGAGAAGCCUGGACCAAUCUCCUGUUGUUGCUUUUAACAAAAACACUAAAAAUCAGUGAUGAAAAGUUUAGGGCACAUGCUUCAACAUAUUACCCAUACUUGUGUGAAAUCAUGCAGUUUGAUCUGAUCCCUGAGCUUCGAGCUGUGCUGCGCAAGUUCUUCCUGCGUAUAGGUGUUGUGUUCAAAAUCUGCCUAACAGAGGAGCAGAUAAGGACAACUGGGAUGAACUUACCCUCAUGGUAGCCUUUAGCAGAGGAGGCUACUUGUACUUGUACAUAAAGCUGUGUUCCAGAGAUGGAUUAAAGUGGAUGGGGAAAAAUUGGACCCUGGUGUAUCAACACAGCAGCAAGUUACUCUCACCAUGAUGGCAUCUGGGGAGGAGGAAAAAAAAGUCCUGUUCUGUCCAUCCUACAAAACUAUCAGCAGUUUUAUUUAAAUUAUUGCUUACAGAGUUAAUACAGUAGAUGUAAAGUCUCUUUGUUUCAAUGCUAGUCAUCCUUAUGAUCAAGUCUGUCUCUAGUCUCUUACCAAUUGUUCAGUCUUGCAUCCCAGAGAAAUCCGGUAAGUCGGCUGGAUUCCUCAAAGAAAUUAUGGCCCUUGGAAACAAUGAUUAUGGUUGUAUAGCCUUGUGAUGUUAGCACAUGUGUUCAUAAUAAACUAUACUGCAGUGGCUGAUGACCACCCAAGAUCAUCCUGGGUUUUUCUUUGUGUGUACAUGACUAGACCAGGCAGUGUGUUACGGCUGUUGAAGUGAACAGCCUGUAGGAUAUUUGGGGAAAGGGUUUUUCCUCCUGUGGCAAAUCAUUUUUAAAACCUUUUUCAAUAUCAAUACUUCACCUACUGAGGCUUAUUUUUGGUUUUAUAGAAGACUUUACAUCAGGAGCACACAAUAGCAUCUGUGCUAUUUAAGUUGUUAGUCUUGAGUUAAAGGCAUAUAAAAAAAAACCCAAACUACGUCAAAACUUUCCAUUUACUUCACACAUUUACACACAUUACCAUGUCAUGGACAGAGCAUAGACAGGAACUUUAAAAACAAGGUUCAGAACAAGUAAAACCACCUUCUUUUUUUCACCCUUGAGUACAACGUAUUUCAUAGUAAUUGUCUGUUUGGCAAGAAAUCCUGUCUUGAACAUGUAGGAAGUUCUGUCUCAGUACUGCAGAUCUGCCAGUUCUGAUUUGUCUUUUGUGCAAAUAAUUUUUGGUUUGUGAUCUAAAAACCCCCUUGUAUCCAUUAUUAUUAUUAUUAUUAUUAUUUGGGGGUUGAACUAGAUAAUCUCUAGAGAGCUUGUCCCUUCCAACCCUGACCAUUCUGUGAAAACUGCUCUGUCAAAACUAAACAAGUUGGUUCAUGUACUGUGAGAGUUACCAGUACACUUCUAUGCUUUGAAGGUACCUGUGAAGAAAAUAGGACUUGGCACUGCAGCUUUGCUUGCCCUGGAGAUUUUCUUUCUUUCUUUCUUUGAAAUCCAUUAGUUUUCUAUGACAACUGUUUCCAUAACAGAACACCAGUUAACACUUGAAGUACUGCAGGACUGAGGUCUGUCCUUUAAAAUAGUUGUGAUUUCAAGUUUUAAGACUUGUCUAGAUUGCAAGAGCAUGGCAGGAUCAGAGGAGAGGUUUCACUUCCUAAAAUAAUGCAGACAAAGGUGUUUCCAAAGGUAUUAACUGCCAUGUUAUCCAUAGCAGCAAACCUAAAAUCUAUCAGUAUUUAAAAAACCCCAAAACAAGCCAAACAACCUACCUGAAUGGUAUUAAGUGUUUCAUCUGGUUUGUUUUGCUUUCUAAGUUGAUUUUCUAGGUAGCCUGUCUUUACCUGAGGUUAUCUUGGGAUAUUUCACUCAGAGCUGUUGGGAUUCUUCCUUUUCUUCCUUUUUUGUGAGCUAUUUCCAAAGGGUUCAUAUGGUGCUCUUCACUGAGAUUGGCUUCUUCUACAGAAGCAUUGUCUGGGAGUGGUUUUGUAGUCAAUAGUAAUGAUAAGGUUUUCACAUUUGUAUUUUUACUUUUUAACCAAAGAAAAAUAAAUGGUGGUCAUGGCUCUUUAAAUUUAAACACCCAUUAGAUAAAAUCUCUACACUAGUAUUUCAUAGAGGGACUAUAUGGCUGUAUUUUACAAUAGGAAAAGACUGAGAAAAUAAGCAAUGCUGAUAUUUAUCUUGCUGCACUUGAAAUGUCCUUUUGUGUUGUGUUUAGUACAGUUGCUCAUUCCCUGGUAACGUCACUUCAUUAAUUGCAGGGAAAAAGAAGUAUUUAAUUCUCUUUAAAUCUGUAAGAAAAGUUAGUUCUUUUCUUCUGUUCCUAGUGAGUCCUAAAGAAAAAGAUUUGCAACUUUACAGGUUUUGAAUGUCACUGCCUCAUUGAAUGUAUACCCACCCUUAUCUCCCGUCAGAACACAAACUUUGAAGUUGCAGGCUUCUCUCUAUAUUCAGUUCUGAAAGCCUUACAACUCGUGUCUUGAAACAAGGCUCCUCGUUUUCAGGUCUUAAAUCAUGUCAGUUGCAUUGUGGGCUUUCUUCACUGUUCAACAUGCAACAUUUGUAUUGUUUCUGCAUCUGGAAUAAGAGCCUUGAAUCAAUCCUUUCCUUCAGCCUGAGUUCUGAGACUGUUCUUUUCCUUAAGCUUUUACUGUAUUUAUACCAUUUAUAAAGUGCUGAAAGGAGGUAUGUGACAUCAAAACAUCCCAGACUCUGUAGUGCAUGAAGGAGGGGGACUGGAAUGCAAUGGCGUUGUAACAGCCUUAAUCCUGUCCAGUGUUUGGUGCUGAUUGUAUGUGUUAAAGCAAUAAGAAUGGUGUGUGAAUUGUAACAGCUGAAACGGUUGUGUUCACAUCAGCUCUUUGGUUUCCCUGACACCAUCAGAAAGGCCACAACCCACAGACAUCUUAAUGAAGCUAAAACUGCUGAGCCAAAACUCCCGCAGUGGUCACUGCUGGGUCCCAUCUUGUCCCGACUCUGCUGACACAGACUUGCAUCUGCCUGUGGUGCUUUUAUUGGCUUUAGUGGAAGUAGGAAUGAGAACAAGGUUGUGUGUCAGCAUCGCCUGGUCAGGACCAAGGCAUCUGUGCAAUACAUGGAGUAAUAAAAAGUAACCUCUUAGACUUGUAAAGUAGUGUUAUGCAACAAAUGAAAACUAUACACUGAUUUACCUAUAAUGGUAUAAAUAUGGAGACUGCAUGAUAUUUCUUAUUACUUCUUAUUUUGGAACCCUCUGAGAAAUAAGUAGGCAGGGGGAAGGAUGCUAAUGAGGAAAACCCUCAAACCUCCUUUUCACAUUGAUCCUCUCGUGUCUUACAGUAUCAGAAAAUGUUAUUUUUACAGUGGUUUGUUAUCCAUGCCUCCUCUCGCUUUCCAGAUCAUGAAAAACCCAAUCCAAACCAACAUCCCCUACUUCAAACACCCUUCCCCUUUUAGCUUGGUCUUACUACUAAGAAGAAUUAAAAAUAGUAACGUUUAGUCUCAAGUAGAACUAAGGUUUCUCUGUCAAAAGUGCAGCUUCCUUUACUCUGUAAAUUCACUUUGUCCAGCACCUUUAAUGUUAUUUCUGUGUAAAAUGUAUGUUUUCACAUAUUUAAAAUGCCUCCUUUUUUAAGGUCUCCAUAUUAAGUGCAUUUAAUAUCAGUAAUUUAAAGCAGAGCAGUCCUUGCCCGAUGGAUGUAUACAUUUUUGAGAGAAUACCAGACUUAUAUAAUAUGAAAAAACCUAUGUAAAGUUUUCUACAUGAAAAUACUCUGUACGAUACUGUUCUAAUAUUCCAUGCUUUAAUCAAGUGGUAAAUCAAUAAAGUUUUAAUAAGUGUU